ACAACACUAGGAAGCCAUGGAGCAGCUGAAAGAAGCACUCACAUCCGCACCUGUACUCAUCUUGCCAGACCCCGAACGCGACUACGUCAUCGAAGCUGACGCCAGCGACCAGGCAGUGGGAGCAGUCUUGAUGCAAGACCAGGGGAAUGGCCUGCAACCAAUUGCCUACCUCAGCAAAAAAUUACAUGGAGCGGAACUCAACUACCCGAUACACGACAAGGAGGCCCUUGCUAUCAUCAUCGCCUUCAAAAUGUGGAGUUGUUAUCUCAAAGGGCGCAAGACGACAGUCUACACCGACCAUUGCAGCCUAAAAUAUUUGAAGACGCAACCAAGCCUCUCCAGGCGGCAAGUCCGGUGGAUUGACUUCCUCGAGACACACUUCCACUACAACAUCGUGUACAAGCCCGGCCACAAAAACAAAACAGAUGCGCUUAGCCGGCCCGCACACCUUUGAGGGGGGUAAGUGUGAGAGUACGAC